AUGAAAGGGGAUACGAAAAAAAAAUACUACAACUUCUCCGUGAAAAACGUGAACUUUUUCAAAAAUGCAUUGGCUCUUCUAAGUGUAGAUGACAACAAAUGCAAUAAGAAUGUGAAAAAAAGUGCAAAUAACACGGUAGAAGGGGAAAGUUGUAUAUUAUUCAAUAUUUAUUGUGACGGUUUAAUGCUUAGAAGUUUGUCCAAAUGCAAACAAAUAUACUGCUUUCUAUAUUUAGACUCUAACUGCUUUACUAACUAUAACAUAUUCGAGAAGGAGAAUACACAUGGAGAGAAGAAACGUCGCAGAACUGGAUGUGAUAACUGCAAAGUAGAUAUUGAACCAGACGUAUGUCAAUUCAAAAAUGAUUCAUAUAUAAAUAGAGCCGAUAUAUGUGGAUUUCCCAUGAUGAAACGCUUCAAACAAGACCCUGAAUAUUCUCAGAGUGAAGAUACUAGCCAUGGGGAAGAAGCAAAUAGUAUAAAUUCUGACAAUUUGUAUACCACUCAUGCUAUUGAUGAAGAGUCCGAAAAUGUAAUUAAAUUAAAAGCAGUGUCACCAUUAAAAUUGAAAUCUAUGCAAUAUGAUGAUAACGAAAGUGAAUAUAAUAUUAGAAAAAAAAUUUAUGAAGAAAUAGACGAUAAGAAGAAGAAUUGUGUUGAAUUUCUUGUAUCCCCAUAUGAAUUAUUAAGAGCAUUGGAAUUUUUAGACCCGAUUCUAUUAAACAUAAAAUUUGACUAUGUGAACCGAAAAUUAAUUUUACAUUUAACUGAUGAAGAUGGUGAUACAUCUGAAACCUUCGUCAGGAUAAUCGUAAACUAUUAUUAUGAAAUAUAUAAAUUAGAAAAAUAUAGUUUUUUAAAUAAUGAUCAUAAUUACUUUUCCCUGCAGUCCACUAUUUUUUCUUUUUACUUGGAGUAUUUAAUUAAAAACUGCGAUCACUGCAUUACCUUUUACAUAUCCGAGUACACCGAUGAUAGUACAACUGAAACGAAAAAUAAAAAUUAUAAAAGAUCCGUUCAGUUGAUGCCAAAGGAAAAUUUCGAGGAAUUUAAAACUUCAAAAAAUCAAAUGUACGACGAUGAAUAUUUGCAGGCUAAGAAAAUUAGUUCUCACCUCAGAAUGGAUUUCCAGGAAAAUGGCUUGCUAAGAUUUCAGUUUACCCUCAGGGAGUACAACAUGAACGGAACACAUUUAUGCUACUUCAUACAACCAAUGGAAGAUAUGUCCAUUCUUAAUUUUUCUUAA